AUGACUUCUAACUAUUAUCUGUGUCUAACUCCUCAAGAUAUUCUGAUAGAGGGAAGAGAUUGGAAUCAAACUAAUACGUCAUAUAGCGGAGAUGCAAUUUAUGAAUGGAACUUGGAUGGCUUAUCUGAAAGACAAUUAUUUAUCCUUGUUCAUCAAAUGUUAAUGUAUUCUACUAUAGCAAAAGUUACUGCAUCUGUCGAGAAUCGUCAAAGACAUACAGAUGCAACUAUUUAUAAAAUAAUUGUUACUGGUUUGACUAGCCAACUUCAUGGCUGGUGGGAUAAUUUCUUAGAUAAUGGUAGAAGAAAUGCUAUAUUCAAAGCUAGGAAUUCCACCGAAGGUGUUGAUAACCUCGGAAGAGCAUUACCUACGAAUACAGAAGAUGUUGUUUGUACUCUUAUGCUCACUAUUAUUGAGCAUUUUGGUGGUAGAUUUACCAAUCAAUAUGAGAAUACUAGAACACUCUUAAAUGGUCUUAGAUGUAGGACCUUAGGAGAAUUUAGAUGGUAUAAAGAUACCUUUCUAAGAAGGGUCAUGGAUUUAAUUGAAAGUAAGUAUACACAUUGGAAGGCGAAAUUCAUAGAUGGUCUUCCUCCUCUAUUUACUGAAAGGGUUAAAAAGGAGCUUAGGGGCUCGGGUUCCUAUGGUGAAAUAUCCUAUGAAAAUCUUACCUAUGGUCAGCUGAUAGCAGCCUGUACUCGGAAAGGUUUAGCCUUGUACAAUGAGUUAAAAUUGGCUACGAAAAUUAAGCUUGAUAAGCUUAAAGAAAGAUUCCAAUUAGGAGAUUUUUAUGAGCAAUUUGAAUCUGAAAAUAAUGUUAAAUUACCUAAUUCAUCUGAUAGUGAUCAUGCUAAUAUUUGUGAUGACUGCAAUGGUAAUAAUUCUAUUUGUGAUGAAACUUUUUAUAAAUUGCAAUCACAGUUUGAAGAUUUAGAUUUGAAUGUUCAAACCCUUACUGCUGAUAGCGUUCUUGACAUGGCUACAGAUCCACCCUGGCAAAUGGACAGAGGAAAAGGUAUAGGCAGAGGAAGAUACUCCUCUUUUGGGAGAAGAUCCGCCCCCUCAUCAUCACAGCCUCAGGCAUCAUAUGCUUCAUCAUCAAAUUCCUCGAUGAUACAAAGGGAAAAUAUGAGUUUGUUAAAUUCUAAGAUUCCGCAGAUAGGUGAAUCUUCUUCACAAUCGAUCCAUCUAAAAGAUAUUCCGGAGGAUCAUCCAUUAUAUGGACAAUUGCAGUCAUAUUUAAUUGCAAAGCAAGAAAAUACGUUUGUUAACAUUGCAAAAGAAAAUGUUGAUAGCAAACCAUAUGAACAACUUGAUAAUAGAGAGCUGAUAGUUCUUGUUAAAAAACUCCGAAAUUCAAAGACAAAAUGA